AUGGGGUCGUGUGAUGAUGUAAAUAAUCAUGUUGAUUUCUGGCGUGCUCAUUCGUACCUACCAAUUUGUGAGGAUAGUAAGAAACCAUACGUGGGUAAAGUGUUCAAGACAUUGGAUGAAGCGUAUGAGUUUUAUUCUAUGUAUGGACAUGCAGCGGGCUUCGAUACUCGUAGGGGGGGUAUGAAAAGAGGCAAACAUCGACAAGUAUUGUAUCAAUACUUCAUCUGCAGAAGAGAAGGUGUGAAGCCAGACUCGAAGAAAGAUAUAUCAGAAUCAAGUGUUCAAAAGAAAAUACGACGCCGGAAACCCUCUACCAGAAAUGGCUGUAAGGCUCGUAUCACUACAACACUUAAUGAUGAUGGCUAUUAUGUUUUCACCAGCUUCUCUGAAUUACACAAUCAUUCCCUCGUAACUGAAGAUGUUCGUCACCUUAUGAAAUUCAAUCGCAAAAUGGAUGAGUCACAUCAGAUGAUUAUGCUGAAGUGUGCCAAGUCCAAUAUUGGACCAGUGAGGGCAUUUCGUAUUUUUAAAGAACUGGUUGGAAGUUUUGAGGAAGUGGGGUGCACCAGCAAGGACUUUAAAAACCUAUCCUACACCAUGAAUUCAUACGUGGAUGGUGUUGAUGCACAACUACUACUUGACAGGUUUCUAAGUAAACGUGAAACUGAUGAAUGUUUCAAGUGUGAAUAUUUAGUUGAUGAAACUCACAAGGUGAAGAGUUUGUUCUGGAGUGAUGCUGUUGCUGUUCAAAAUUACUCGUUAUUUGGUGAUGCGGUGUCCUUUGAUGCCACGUAUACAACGAACAGGUACGACAUGAUUUUUGCUCCAUUUACCGGCAAGGAUAAUCAUGGUGGGUGUGUUACAUUUGGAGCAGGGUUACUAACCAGAGAGGACGUGAAUUCAUACUCAUGGAUUUUAAAACAGUUUAUUGAAUGCAUGGGAACCGCUCCUGCAAUGAUUAUAACAGAUCAAGACCCAGCGUUGAAAAUUGCUGUUGAAAAUGUAAUGCCCAACACUAGACACAGGUUCUGUAUGUGGCAUAUCAUGAUGAAGCUUGCUCAGAAAUUGCCGAAUUCUUUACGAGAAGAUGUCGAACUGAAAAGCAAGAUACAGUCUGUCGUAUGGUCGGAAUUGGAUGAGCCAGUUGAUUUUGAAAGGAAAUGGACAGAAGUAUUAGAUCAGUAUGAGUUGACUGACAACACAUGGCUUGCCGAUAUGUUUUCACUCUGUUCGUAUUGGAUACCUGCCUACUUUCGAGAUUUGAGCAUGAGCGGCUUGUUUAGAACGACAUCAUUAUCCGAAAGCGAGAAUAGUUUUUUUCGGAGAUACUUGAAUCGGAAUUCCAAUCUCGCUGCAUUCUACAUUCACUUUGAGAGUGCUAUGGAGGCACAACGGCAUAAUUACAAACAGGCGUGCAUUGUAGAUCAGACAACGGUGCCCCAAUUGAAGACUCACACCCCACUAGAACACCAUGCCUCACUUAUAUACACCAGGAAUGUGUUUAUGGAUAUUCAAACGGAGAUCAUUGAGGCUAUUGAUAGAUGCCGCAUAAAGUCAAUGGAGACAGACGACGACGAGCAAUGGUACUCCGUAGAUGACAGAUCUAAUGGUGUAUUUAAGGUUGUGCAUAUAGCGUCUGAAGAAACCAUUACAUGCUCCUGCAAAAAGUUUGUGAGGGUUGGUCUUAUAUGUCGACAUAUGUUUGUUGUUAUGCGAAACGUGGGAAUGAAGUUAAUUCCUUCCAAAUAUAUAGUACAUCGAUGGCUAAAGGCUGCUAGUGCAGAAGUUAUAUCAACUAGCAACAUGAAGUCACGCAACAAGUCAUUGAUGGCAGAGGCUUUUCGUUGUAUUGGCAUUGCAGAAGGGAAUGACGAGCUAGCUGAUUCACUCUUAACAGAACUGAAACGUUGGGCAGAAAUUAAUUCAAACGGUGCACAAUGCUUGUCUCCGGCGAGAGGAAAGCAAAAAAUGUUUGAAUUAUUUUAUGGUUCGAAGAUCCCUUCAGUUGUAACUGUUCAUCCACCAGAUGCCGUGAAGACUAAGGGAAGUGGCAAGAGAUUGAAGUCAACUUAUGAGGUAGCAGCUGAAAAGGCGAAAAAACCAAAGAGAAGAUGCAGGAAAUGUCGCCGUCUAGUUAGACAUGAUUCCCGCAAUUGUGGUAAGGUUGUCGAAGAAGAGAGCGACGAGGAGUGA